GCAGCCCUUUUAAAGAGAAAAGCUAGAAACCAAGCAAAGAGCUUGGAUCAGUAGCCUUGUUCAGAGGAAGUGGAAGUCUGUGAACAGUCAUUUCAAAACAAACAUGAGUGAGAGACAAGGUGCUGGAGCAGCAAAUGGAAAAGACAAGACAGCUGGUGACAAUGAUGAGCAAAAGAAAGUUCAAGAGGAUUUUGAUAUAGACAUGGAUGCGCCGGAGACAGAGAAGGCUGCUGUGGCAAUACAGUCUCAGUUCAGAAAAUUCCAGAAGAAAAAGGCUGGCUCCCAGUCUUAGUAGCUACCUCACAGUUUCAGCAUCACCUCUUCCUGGUCUGACAGGAAAUGAAGAUACAAAAAAACCCCUAGUUGCAUGUACAGAAAUGUUCACUAUUUAAAACUCUAUUGGAAGAUAUUAAAACUAUGAAGUUUAUUGCGUGGUAUAAUAUCUACAUAUUUCGAUUCUCAUUGCUUCUGUAACUAACCAUUUUACUUGAUGUCCCAAUAAAAUGUUAAGAUGAAGUUA